UAAAAUCUAAGCAUGCUCGGUCUAUUAUUAUAAUCAUACACAAAUCAAAAGAGGCAAAAACAUUUUGGACGGUAUUAACUCGCCAGGCAAUAAUGGAAAAUAGGUUCACAGCAUGGAAAUUCUGUCAUUUAGUGCACAAAGUUUUGCGAGAAGCUCACGAGUGUGCGCUUAAGCAUUCUCAACGACACAAAAAAAUGAUAUUAGAACUUGGAAAACUAUGGGGACAUCUUCAAAAUGAUAUUGGUUCUUGUAUUAAAGCGUACAGUAAACUAUUAGUUACCAAACUCAACUUCCAUGAAAAAAAUCGAAUGUAUCCAGGAAAUCUUGUAACUACAAUUAAUGAAAUUAAUUCAGUAGCUAAUGAUGAUUUUAACUACUAUUUUCAGUUGUGUGUGGAGAUAUUUGACUACUUGGAGGAUAUUAUUGCUUUACAAGUAUCGAUUUUAUCGUCAAUUAACACGUACCGGAUAUCAUCGAUGACACAACAAGGCCAAUGUAGAUUAGCGCCACUAAUAACGCUGGUGCAAGAUUCGAAUCCCUUAUAUGACAUGAGUGUUCGAAUAAUGUUUAAACUUCAUGAAAAAUUGCCUGAUGAUGUCCUGGUUGGUCAUAGAGAAAGAUUUUGCAUAAUUUUUGCUAAUUUAAAGUUGUUUUAUGAUAAUAUUAGACCUUUACAGUAUUUUCACGAUCUUAUAACUGUACCAAAUUUGCCAGACUUAAGUCCAAAUUUUAAGUCUCAGGUGGAUUUUGGAAGUUAUAUUCCUCCAGUAGUGUUUGUUCAAACAGAACCUGAUAUACUAGUCGAUGAUCUUAUUGAUACCACUGUCAGUGAAAACGAGUUUUGCAAAAAUAAUGAUUUGCUUGGUAGAAUAAAUAUGCUCGAAAGCGAAAUAGAAGAAAAGAAAAAAAUUAUAGAUCAACUAACAUCAAAAUCAAUCGAAUUGAAUAGUUAUAUGGAGCUUGAACGAAGCUAUAAGAAUAAUAUCAUAGAGCUCCAAAAAACAAAUUCAAUAUUAUGUACGGAACUAGCAUCAACAAAACAAAUGUAUACAGAAGUGCGCAUACAAAAGGAUGAGUUGGAGCUAAAACUGGCCAACAACCCCACUUUAAUUCAAAAAGCUUUUGAUGAGGAGGAAAAACAUAAAUUAUCUUCUGAAAAGUUCAAUAAGCUAAAACUUAUGUACACAGAAAUUAGAGAUGAACACAUAAACUUGCUUCGACAGCAUGGCGAAACUUCCAAACUGGUAAAUAAAGAGAAACAAAUAAAUGCAGAAUUAUCCUCAAUGAUUAAGGACUUAAACAGUCAAAUUGCUGAGUUGAAUGAAAAUAUUAUGCAAAUAAAAGAUAAGAAUAAAAAGCUUUUAGAACUAACAGAAGACCAAAAAACAGAAAACUUACAAAUUGAUGAUGCUGGAAAGCAAAUGAAGCUUAAGUACGAUACUAUUGUGAAAGAAAAGGAUAACGAAUUUCUAAAUUUAAGCUUGGCAUGUGAGACAUUAAAAGAAGAGAAUCAAAAGCUUAAAAAUGUUCAGCAAUUUUUAAAGGAAACAACUGCAAGGCUUGACGAAGCAGAAAAAAAAAUAACUGAUAAAAAUGAAGAGAUUUCAAAAACUUGUAUAAUGUAUGAAGAAAAAUUGAUGAAACUAACAAACGAAAAUGAAGAAACUCACAAAUUUCAGCAGAUAGAUUUACUUUUCGCACGCGCUCUUUUAAAAGAAACUGAAACUAAAUUAAUGAAAAAGGAUGCCGAUUUCAAGAAGAGCCACUCAGUUCAUAAUGAACUUAUCCAGGAAAAUGAGUCAUUGAAAAAAAAUAUUGCAAAUAUGGAGGAAAAAUUAACGCUACAUGAUACUAAUUUGGUUGAAGCUGUAAAAAAAGCCGAGUCUCUUAAGAUUUUAAAUGACAGUUCCAUGAAGAACAUGAAUAAAAUGCUAAAACAAAUCAUUCACACAUUAAAAAAUAUAUGUUCAUCAAAAGUUAAUAAUGUAUCGCAACAACCAAUAGAAGCAGCUCAUCAAAUAUCUGUUAAAACAGAAGAGUUACUUGAUAAUUUAAGUUACCCCUUUGAACCGCAUGGAUCCGUUUGUAUUGAGAAAAUUGACGACAUACUUAAUAUGGGAUUUUGCUUCAUAAAUCUGUAUGAUCAGUGCGAUGUUAUAUAUUCUUCCACAACAGAAAUUGAUAAAGGCCAAGUAUUAAGCAUCGUACAAUCGAUACUGCCAGAUUUGAAAAAUUUAUUCGACUUUAUUGAAGAGAAUAAGCAUAUUGACUUAGCUUCUAGCAAUAUAAAAAUGAAACUAUUGACAUUAAAGAAACAAUUGCAACUCAUUGCCAAUACUUUUGAAAACACUAUUGAUCUGGACAAACUUGUCCAGGAAGAACUAAAACAAAUGGACUACGCAAUUGAAGAAGCGGCUAGAAAAAUUAUUCACCUUUUAUCGAAAACUCGGGAGGAUGAAAAUAAAAUAAAACUUAAAGUGAAUGAAAAAAUACUUGAAGCUUGUACGACUCUCAUGGAGUGCAUAAAAAUACUAAAUACAAGAUCUCGAGUGCUUCAAAAUGAAAUAGUUUCGUCACAAAAAGGAAAUGCUACAGCCAACGAUUUCUAUAAACGAAACAGUCAAUGGUCUGACGGACUCAUAUCGGCUUCCAAAAGUGUCGCCAAGGCUGCAAAUUAUCUGGUAGAGGCUGCAAAUAAUGCAAUAAACAAUGAUUCGGGACAAAAUUUUGAGAUAAUAGUUGCAGCCCAAGAAAUAGCUGCAUGCACGGUCCAGCUAGUAAUUGCCAGUAAAGUCAAAGCGAAUCGUGAUAGCCCCAAUUUGGCUAAUUUAACAAUAGCUUCACGAAAUGUAACAAAAGCUACUGGAAAUGUGGUAGCUUCGGUAAAGGAUGGUAAUUCACGGGUGGAGGAACAUUAUGACAACAAUCUUUGUACAUUAACACCAUCUCAACUUAAAACUACGGAAAUGGAAAUACAUGUCAAAGUGCUGGAGUUAGAACAUUCUUUAGAAACAGAACGCUUAAAGCUGUCGGCAUUUCGAAAAGAGCAUUAUCAGAAAACAGAAUACUAACAGGUUUAGACAUUCCCCAACAAAUGCUAUUUUGUAUAUUCAUGUAAGAAUGUAUCCAAAAAUAUUAUACCAUUGUAAUAAAUUUAUACCAAAU